UCUUGUCACACACACUCAAAAAUCAACUCCAGUUCUGUGCUCACUCGAAAACUCACCUAAAAAACCCUAAUUCCGGAGGAAAAAUGAGAAGUAAAUACGGCGGCGGGCAGCGGCGCAUUUCAAAAUCACCUCAGAAACCUCCCUCAUCCUCCACUCUACGCCCAUUUCCUCAAUUGAGUCCGGAUGAAGCUAAUAGUGAUGAAGGCGAUGCUAAUUUAAGUGAAAAAUCAAGCAGAAGCGAUGAUGAUGUGGGUAACGGUGGUGAUUGGAUGGAGGUAGAUGCAUGUUUAAGCUGUAAUAAGCGUGGGAAAUCGAAAUUGUUGGUUUGUUGUGUGAUUGGCUGUCCAGUUUCUAUUCAUGAAAAGUGUGCAAAUUUUAAGCUUGCUUUUGAUGACUCGGGUAGGUUUUGUUGCCCUUACUGUUCUUAUAAACGGGAGGUUGGUAGGGCUAAAGAGCUUUUUCGGAAGGCUAUGUUGGCGAAGAAGGCGUUGUUGGGUUUUAUAGAUCCUGAAAUGGUGGGUGGUGAGGCUAAGCGAAAUGGGGGGGAAAGAGCGGAAUUUGAUGGUGCUGAAAAUAGAGAUGCGCUGGUGGAGGAUGGUCUCAAGGUAAGUGAUUGUGAUCGUUGUGAAGUGAUGGUUGAUGAUGAAAUGGAUGGUGCUUUGCCUGGUGCUGUUGACGGUAGUGACAAUGGACAUAAGAGUCAAGAGGAGAAAAUACAGGGGAUUGAGUCACUUGAGGAUUCAAUCAGCAAUGAAAUUAGGGAUGAGAGAAAUAUAUCUGAAACUCAUGAGUUUGAGACCUUAGAAGGUGAGGAAGGGAAGCAAGAACGGGAAAAGGAUGGCAGAAUUCUUGAGGGUGGAGAGCGAGCAGAAUCUUCAAAGGAUCAUUAUGUAGAGAAAGAACAAAAACAGAUGCAGCAGGAUGGAUGUGAUGACGAAGAACAAAAAGAACAAGAAGAAAAGCAUCAGGAUGGAUGUGAUGACAAAGAACAAGGUCAAUGUGUGGGAGAAGAACAAGUGCAUCAUGAUGCACGAGAAGCCAAUUCUGGUGGAGGAGUUGCUGCACCUAAGGCUCCUCAUGUUUCUGAUUCGGACACUGGGAAAUCUGUUGUGCUUCGGAGGCGUGUCAAGCAUAUUGGUAAGAAGAAUAUAGCAGAGUCUCUGGAUGCCAAACUUUCGAAGGAAGCACCCCCUCAACCACACACCAUUGAUGAAAAGGAAGCUAAAAUCCAAAAAAAGAAAGUUAUCCUCUCCAAAGAGCCCAGACAACGCCUGGAAUCUCCUAAGAUAUCCUCCAACCUUUAUCCUCGUAAUGAAAAGCGUCAAAGGUUGAAUUGGACAGCUGAUGAGGAAGACACACUAAAGGAGUAUUAUAGCUUUCGGAUGACUGAAUCAGCAGAGAAAUGUUAAAGAUUGAUUUGCCUGAGUGGUUGGCAUAUAUUCUGACUUCAGGAAGGAGUGGAGAAAUUUGCUAUACCAGGAAACAAAAAUACUCCAUGGAGAAAAAUUUUGGAGUUUGGUCAUCGUGUUUUUGAUUCAACUCGAACUCCCACUGAUCUCAAGGAUAAGUGGAGGAAUAUGACAAAAUAGUAAGUUGAUGUUAUGAAAAUGCACGUGGUCACACACUUAUCCACGCUUUUUGUUGAAGCCAUUUAUUUUGGAAUGAUUGGGGGUUUGCAAUAGCCACAAAUAAAUAAGUUAGCCAUCAUUCUGCUUCUUCUAUCCAAGUGGGGUACAAUAUUCUCAAGUGUGUUCUCAAGUCCUCUGGUAAUUUAUUGUCCUGGCUAUAUUUGAGUGAUGAGUUCCGCAUCCUCCCAUUCAUUAGAGUUGGAGUGAACUCAUUGAACUAAACAUCCAAUAACAGAGUAAUCUGUGAAAAUUUAAAACACAUAAAUGUAUGUACUUUGGAUAGUUCGGCUUUAUUCAAUCGGACUGCUGAGCACUGUUCAAAUUUUUACUUAAUCAAGAGGCUUCUUGGUAUAUGACAGCGUUCCAUGCUUAAACAAAAGCAGAAACCGGUCAUAUAACAGAGGAACCACAAAUAUUAUACUAAGUUUACUUUGGCUUUCCAAACUCCCACCCUCUCCCCUUUUAUUCUUAUUAAGUACGGAACGCUUCUUUACAAUUGGCAAGUGGACUUGAUUUUCUUUUUUUUUCUUGUCAAACCCUCUCAUUUGAAAUUUUGUGCAGGUUUUAUGGUGCCUUUGUUUUCUCUUUCUUUCUUCUUUUUCAUUAAUUUCAUAUUGUUUUUCAUGUUGUAGCGCUUAUUAUUGUAAUCUAAUGUUAAUGAUUUUCCAUCUAGUCUGUUAACAAUAGAAAUUGACUUUUCUAUGUACAUUAUCCUUUCUAUCUCCUAUCACUACCAAAUUUUCCCAUAGCCUAUUUGAAAUUGUCUCUGUUGUUUUCUGAGUUGCAGGAACUUGUCUUUUCUAUAUCUAACAUGAUUGUGUCAAACUAUUCUUCUUAGGGCAAACCGCUGGGCGACUGGCUUUUUGGUUACACUGUUCGGUAAGGAAGUCAACCAUAUAAUUGUCUUAAAAUCCUGUAAAGUGUGGUAGCGAUCUCUAGUGGAGCGUUUUGCUUCUCAGUUUUUGCUUCUCAGUUUUUGCUUCCCUGUUGAGAUGUAAAUUUGUGCACUCAAUCAUGGCCGCACACUUUGUUUUGUAGCUUUACUUUGGUACUAUUUGAAAUUCUGAUAGUAAUUGUUUUUUAAA